GCGCUGUAGCUGUUCGUGCCGCUGUCAUGGCGUCUACUCCUCUCUCUGAAGAGAAGCGGCCAAGGUCUAGAUAGAGUCGGGGGCUGGCGGCUCGGCAUGGAGAACAGCCCCGAGAGCCGGCAGCCGCUAGGACACGGGGCGGAGGCGGCCGCGGCGCCGGCAGCGGGGACGGCUUUUCUCGAGGGAGGGGCAGAUGAAAACAAGAACAGCGCUGGGCACAACCCUGAAGCGAAGCCGUUUGCAGAACCUAGAAGCGCCCGCGAUGGGCAGGGGGCGGCGGCCGGCCCCGGUAGCCGCCCGCAAGCGCAUUCCCCCGGGGUCACCGCUCGGGACCCCGGAGCCGGCGGCUCCCACCCCGGCUCGGAGCAGAAGCACAAGCGAGAGAGCCCCACGGCCUCGGAGGCGGCUCCGAGAGGGCAGCACAAGGUGACCGCUGCCUCGGAGAAAGCCGAGGCCGGAGGAGAACCGGCGCCCGCGGGGACUUGUCCGCCAGCGGCUGGAGAUGCAGGCGGCGGCCUCAGCAGCAGCAGCAGCCCCAGCCCCAGCAGCAGCAGCAGUCCCAGCAGCAGCAGCGUCCCGAGCCCUCCCGGGGAAUCUCCGAGCCUGGAUUCCCUGGAGUCCUUCUCCAAUCUACAUUCUUGUCCCAGCAGCUCCGAAUUCUGCAGUGAGGACGGGCCCGAGCCCAAGGGCCGGGAGGAGGAGGAGGAGGAGACGGCGUCUGGCGGAGCUGCCCCUCUCUGUAAGGAGGAGGGAGAGGCCGCUCAGGUGCUGGCGGCCUCCAAAGAGCGCUUCCCGGGACAGUCUGUAUAUCACAUCAAGUGGAUCCAGUGGAAGGAAGAGAACACGCCCAUUAUCACCCAGAAUGAAAACGGACCCUGCCCUUUGCUGGCCAUCCUCAAUGUAUUGUUCCUGGCGUGGAAGGUAAAACUCCCACCAAUGAUGGAAAUCAUAACUGCUGAACAGCUGAUGGAAUAUUUAGGAGAUUACAUUCUUGAUGCAAAACCAAAAGAAAUUUCAGAAAUUCAGCGUCUAAACUAUGAGCAGAAUAUGAGUGAUGCUAUGGCAAUUCUGCACAAACUACAGACAGGUCUGGAUGUAAAUGUGAAAUUCACUGGUGUCCGAACAUUUGAAUAUACACCUGAGUGCAUUGUGUUUGAUCUACUUGAUAUUCCAUUGUACCAUGGAUGGUUAGUGGACCCUCAGAUUACUGACAUUGUGAAAGCAGUUGGUAAUUGCAGCUACAACCAGUUGGUGGAGAAGAUAAUUUCCUGUAAGCAAUCAGACAACAGUGAGCUGGUUAGUGAAGGCUUUGUAGCUGAGCAGUUUCUAAAUAACACAGCCACUCAACUGACAUAUCAUGGAUUAUGUGAACUUACGUCAGCAGUUCAGGAAGGAGAACUUUGUGUAUUCUUUCGGAACAAUCAUUUUAGCACCAUGACCAAAUACAAGGGUCAACUAUAUUUGCUGGUAACAGACCAGGGCUUUCUUACUGAAGAAAAAGUUGUUUGGGAAAGUCUACACAAUGUAGAUGGUGAUGGAAAUUUCUGUGACUCAGAAUUCCGUCUGAGGCCUCCCUCAGAUCCAGAAACUGUAUAUAGAGGGCAACAAGAUCAGAUUGAUCAGGACUAUCUUAUGGCCCUGUCUCUACAACAAGAACAACAGAGCCAAGAGAUCAACUGGGAACAAAUUCCAGAAGGGAUCAGUGAUCUGGAGCUAGCCAAGAAACUCCAGGAGGAAGAAGAUAGACGGGCUUCUCAAUAUUAUCAGGAACAAGAACAGGCAGCAGCGGCCGCAGCUGCUGCAGCUGCGGCCGCUGCUGCACAAACCCAGCAGGGUCAGCCAGCACAAGUAACUGCCUCUCCAUUAAGUGGAAGACAAUCUGGGAGUAAUGAACGUAAACGUAAAGAACCUCGGGAAAAAGACAAAGAAAAAGAAAAGGAGAAAAACAGUUGUGUCAUUCUGUAACAGGUGUUGGAUUCUGUUGGAGCCAAGUACUUGCCCUGAGAAACAAAACCAUGGGGUGAAAGGAAGAAAAACCCUUCCAUACCGUCUGUGCCUGAUUACCCAGUGGAUUUUGUUUGUGUUUUAAAAGGAAGAAGUUGCUACUUAGUUACAAUCAGACUCUCAGAGUUGCACAGUGCACUCAUUGUGAGCUGGGAUUCCUUGUUACAAGUUGGAAGUGUCUGUAUCAUCUAUCAUGAAAAAUACCACACUUUGUAGCUGAACAUACAAAUCACAGCAAGUUUUGUGUCAUAGUGACAUUUAUUACUCAUCAGUUAGUAAGCUAUCUCAUCUUCUGUUCUAACAAUGAAAGGAGAUAAUUGGUUUUGUCAGGUUCCUUCCUGAAAUCAAAAUAUUAGCACAAUAAUUUUUAAAAUUAAUUUCCAUGGUGUUUUAUUUAUUGCCAGCCUAGAUGUGAAAGCAUUAUUGCCUAUAAGAAACUAGGCCUAUCACUUCUUACAUGCUCAACCCUUCAAAUAUUGGAUUUUUUAAAAAACCUACAUGUAUGUAUUAGGACAUUGCUACCAUUGUCCCAUAAACACCUCUUCUUGAAGAACUUGUUCAUUUUAGUUACAGUCUCUUUGAAGAUUAAGAAUAAAGCCUCAUUUGAUUAAAAUGGGGGGAGGGUGGCCAAAAUGAAGAUCUAUAUUCCUUUUCCCCACAAUAGACAACUGGAUAUAAUAUUAAUACUGUCGGGAUAGAUAGAAAUGAUUUUAUAAGUUCUGUGCAAGUUUAUUGUUUUGGUUUAGUUUAGCAUUUAUCAUAGGUAAAUUGGACCACACAGUUCCUAUUUAUUGACCAUGUAAUAAGCAACUAGUGGGAGAAAACUAGAAUGUGUAAUAAUAGUCUUGUAGAAAUGCAAAUGUAGGAAUCCAGAAUUAACUAAUAUCUGCCUUUUUUCAUAAAAACCUUGAACCUUAACACUAAGAUUAUGUCCACUUGCCCAUUUAAGCAAGUAAAUUAAAUAUAAAUAUUUUUUUAAAAUCAUGACUAAAUAAAAAGCACACUUCAGAAUGGAAUCUUGAGAGGUCCAGAUACUCUUGUAGUCAGAUGGAAAGGCACUCAUUUGUAAUAUCACUGUCUUAUUUUAGUCACUAGUUUAGAAUUUUGGGAAACAUAUAGAAGCAAUCAGAUUUUCUAAUUUAUGGGAACCAAAUAAAUACAUAAUAUCUAAUAAUCUUUAUAGGAUACAGAAAGAGAAUAUUUGUUGAACUUUAUUAUGAGGGAACCAUAAAUUCUCCUGUAUUUCCAGAUACAAUUAAGAAAAUAAUUAUCUUAAUAGUCUUUUUGAUAAGCUUUCUAUGUAGCAGUUUGUUUUAGUCAUUUUGGAAAAAAAAUGUUGCUGCUCCAGAAAGUGUUGUGAUUCCCAGUCUAAGCCUAGGUAAGUACAUUUACUUAAGAAUACCAUAAAUUGUCCUAAAUAUCCAUCUGGAAAAUAACUUUUCUGGUUUGGGGUGACGAUAGACUGCUUAAAAGUAGUCUAGAUUUUUAAUGAUGACCCACUUUAGCUACUACCAUGAUCAAAAACCAAGUGUAAUAUAAUUUCUUAUAGCAAAAGUAGAAUCUUAUUUAUGGAAGGAAUAAUUCUCUUAAAGUCCAGGGUCAAACUGAAUCAUUAGAUCCCUUUAUAUUGCUUAUCUGUUGUACAUUACAGAGUUUACUGUACUUUCAACUUUGCAAACUAACACAAACGAAGACCCUGUUUUGGAUGUAAAACUUUGACAUACAAUUUUUUUUGGAUCUCUUGAUAAUUGUUGACAAUUACAUCAACAACCUAAUAAAAUGUAUGACAUCAUUCCCUGUAGAAGCAAACAGAUUAAUCUCCAUCCCAAUACUGAAGCUGUCAAAUUUAUGCUUGAUACUAGACUAACAAACACCAUGGUUUAUUUUCUUUAUCUAAAAGAGAUCAUAACUAUGUUAUAUUGGAGUGACAAAAAAAAUUAAAAAACAAGAAAUUCAAGAAAAUCUAAUCUAUAACUAAUGCAGAUUUUGCCACAAUCAUGUGCUUAUACUUAUUUAUUGCUUCUGAAAAAAUAAAUAUGUAAAAGUUAAUCAUUAUCUUCUAGUUCUUUCCUAAAAUAAUACUGCCAUCCUACAUUCCCACUCAAAAAUUAUUCACUUAAACCAGCACUGUAAUAUUAUCAGAGCAAUCUCAAUGUAUAGUUUAAAAAAAUACUGAAGAUUUUAAUGUAUUUGUUAAUACCACAAUUUUAUAUAUAGUAUUUCCAGGUCUUUCUUACAUUCCUGAACUUCAGUUUGCUGUAUUAGGGCUAAUGAUAAUAAAAUGUUCUUUUUGAUUAAAAUAGAAAGUAAAGGGGGAAAAACUGUCCUGUGCCAUUAAAAGACAAAACCAAAAAAAAAACACUCACCUUUUCUGAUAUCUUUAUUUCCCUUCAAUGAAGAGGUUAUCAAGAAUUUCAGAGCGAUUUUAUCUUAAUUUUUAUAUUUUGUAUUUUUCUCCACAGAUUAUUAGUAUUCAGACGUUGAGUUGUUCAUUUGGGUGUCUUUGGAUUUGAUAGUUGUAUAUAGUAGUAUUUCCAUGACAGCCUGAACUUGUAAUGACUGAAAUUCAAUAUCCUCUGUGGGAUACAUCUUAAGAGAAGUUAAAAGAACGUGAACACCUUAAUUUGUGACACAUGAUGAGUCUAUUCUGCAUACAAGAAAUCACUCCUGGCAUCCCAGGGCAGGGAGCUGGCUAUCUUACCAGCAGACUUUCCUGCACUUAGCUCCUUCCACUGUGUGAUGCAAUGCAGACAGACAGCAGUGCUUCCAGAUUUCAUGUAUAUGUUACAAGCAUUUAAAUUCAUUUUAUAGUUUUAUCUCUAAGAUGUUUGUGUAGGUAUGUGCAUACAUACCUACAGCCAGAGAAGCUCAAGUCCAAACUGCAGUAAACACCAUGACCCACUAGCUAAUAUUUAUGUCAGUUACAACCCCCCCGUUUGGGAAGUGAGCAUUUCCACGUGAGAGAUGAGGAUAGUGAGAGUGAAGUUUCAGUUUACAGCUAGGAUUUGGAAUGUAUCUUUUUUUUCCCUGUUGCACAUUCUGUGUCCUCAGCUGUUUGUCCUGUGUUGUGGACAGAACUCUUCCCUUUUAGUCUUAAUUGCUCAAACUUGUUAAUACUAGAUUAGCUGGCUGAUUGACAUUAAUCAUAUUGGACUUAAAAGCCAUAACAUGAUUAUGUGAAUUGUUUUGUUUUGGUUCCAAGCAUUUUGUUUGUGAGUAUGAAUCAGAGCCCUAUUCACCUAGAGACAGAGGGCCUUAUUGUGUAGGCAAGGUUCAGAAAAUUCAUACAGAAUGUUGAACACAGACUAGGGAAAGAAUGACAGUGGACUUCACUAAAAUGGUAGUACACAGAGCUGUCAUAAAACUGUAGAAAAUGAUUCAUGAUGGAGAAUUUCCAGAGCAAUGUUUAAGCAGUCAUAACUUUUAGUAAAAUACAUUUUGUACUGCGUUUAAAGUGCUCUGUUUUAACGUUUUCCUGUUUGAUGUGCCAGGUCAUUAAAAGCCCACAAAAAGGAAGGCUUAUAUGCUUUAUAUCAGAGUUCUCUUGUUAGCCACACAGUAGCUUAAUCAAAAAUCUGAUGUAAAACUUGCUAGUAUCUGAUAUAAUUUAAUGAGCCACCCAAGGUAUCUGUACAGUUUUGUAGUAGAGAAAGAGUAGUUUAAUCUUUAAUGGAGCUGAAAAUCUAGAGUCCUGAGAUGUUUUGGUUCUGAAAGGUAGCCUUCUGCCUUUCUUUGGCCAGAUAGAUGAACUUCCUGUGCCUCGGUUUUAAUCUGUAAGUGGAAACAAUCCUUGUUUGUCUUUUGGACCUAUGAAUAAAUGGCACAGUAUAAGCACAAGGUAUUUAUAGUAGUCACAUGUAUUGUGCACUUUUAACUGAAGUGUGUUUUGAGAACCGCUUUCCAUUCAACUAUGUAAUUUUAGAGUAAAAUUGCUGGCUGAAAGAUGUUUCCAGGUCAGCUUUUUUGUGUAGUCAUAUGUGUUGUAUUAUCUUCUCUUGUUGAAAUGUGGCAUUUCCCUAAAAAAAAGAAAGGCAUUUUUCAGAAUGCUUUUAUACUGUGAAGGGUGCAAUGAGAGAUUGGCCCUGUCAAAAUAGGGGCAUCUGGUGGAAAACACUUAGCAACCUAUUUUUUAUUCAAAUCUCUUUCAUAGAUUAAAAGAAAAUUAUGUAUACCUGCUGCCCAAUUGAAUAAAGUCAUCAAGAUGCAAGUAUGUAUAUACAAAUAUUUGUACAUGGAAAGGCAACCAUCUCUCUCCACUUAGAGUUACCUGGGGAUUUGUCUGCCCCGUAUUCUUCAUGUGUUCUCAUUCUCACUGGUAUUUCUAAUUAUUGGUGUAAAAUGUUAUUUAAUAAAGUGUGGUUAAAUUCUUGGGGUUUUUUUUUAAGUGACUGCAGAUAGAAAAACAACUUAAUGGAAUCUGAUAAUUCUUGCUGAAUCUUUUAAUUGGGCCAAAGAAGUCGUCAUUCAGUGAAUUUCUAAGCUACAAUUAAGUUUUCUUUAGCCCUUAUACAAAAUCAUAAUUUGAUAUCCUAAUAGGACACCUGCUAUUGAUUCCAGUUUAGUGUUUAGCAUCACUUAAAAUGCUGGAAAAAAAACUUAAGCUAUAAAGGGGAUUAGGUGUUUAAAAUACAUGUCUGUAUCUAUACAAAUAAUAUAUUAUAGUCUGUUCUAAUUAUCCACAGUGAGAAAUACAAUAGUAAUGUUUGUUUAGAUAGGAGUUAGCAGAUUAUAUUUUGUUUACCAAAGAAGUAAGAUGAUUUUCUGCAAGUAGCACUAAUAAAAAUAUAUAUUUUUAAAUUUUUAAUUAGAGAGUAUUUGAUCAAAACAGAAAACUUCUGAACAUAUUAUGGUGACUGGGUGAUCUAGGAUAAGAAACACUGGACCAAAUUGUUGGACAUUAGCAUUUUUAAUUUAAAUCUUAGCAUUGAGAUUCAAAUUAAUGCAUCCUUUAUUUAAUAUCGAUAUUGGCUUUGAUAGGAAUUUGGAUUUAAGUAGAACCUUCUCUUUCAACUUUUUAUUUCUAAGUAGUCUGUGUCCCUUCUCAUCAUAACUUAGACUCAGAAACAAAGAAAGUAAGAGUUACAGGACUUCAAAUUUAAAGUCAGGCUGAGAUCUUUCUCCUAUUAUCCUGAAAACAGAUAUACACCUACAAGGACUCGGUACCCUGUUGCUAUAGGUAGGGAAUUCAGAUACCAGUGAAGGAGUAUACAGUUUAAACAUUUAACCACUCUCUCCAUGAACAAAAAGUAUAGUGUCAUUUUACUCAAAUCAGGAGCAUAAUUAAUAGUGAACAUUUCUGUUGCACCUUAAAUUAAUACUGUUUCUAUAACUAUCUUGGAGUUGUUUCAGUUAACAGCAAACUUUAUAUUCAUCUUUACUUGGAAAAAAAACACACUGCUUUUUGAUCAGGGAUGAUGCUGCCUCUAUCUUAAAGCUAAGGGAAAAUGGUAAUUUUUUUUUCCAAGUUGAUCCCAGUUUGUUGUGUUUGAGGGGCUAUUUUUUCCUUUUAGGUUUAAAGGUAAAAGAAGAAAACUGUUACAAGUUUUUGUUUCAUUUUGGUUUUGGACUUUUUAUUUUUAAACACUUUUUAAACUACAGAGUUCAAAGAGGCAGUCUUGGGGCACAGUAGCUACAGCAUUUCUCUCUAAAUAUUCUAAUUAAUGGAAUAUAUUUUAAGAUUGACUGUCAUUAAACAAGUUUUAGUAGAUUAAGUUUUGUUAUAUGAAGUAACCACUUUGAUUUCAUGUGUGUGACCCAGUUCUACAGGUCCUCAGGUAGAUAAUGUGAUUGAUGAUUCAGCAAGAUACUAAUAUUGACUCAAGAGAUCAGAUUUACCCUCAACAGUCUAUCCCUAUAUCUUUGGAAUUCAAAGAAAAGCCCGUUUGUUUCAAGUUUCUCCUUCUGCAGGACACUUAGAAAUUUGCUAUGGCACACUUUAAGAUGUACAAGAUGGGAUAGGAUAAAGAACUAGUGGGGGUGAGAAAGCGAGAGAUGGAGUGAAAAGGGUACAGUUGCAUUUUUUUCUCCCAUCUCUUUGCUCAAUUCAUUUAGAUCAAGAAGCUUCAAUGAUAUAACAAAGAAAGGGGGAGGGGGACUUUCUGAUACACAAGCCACCACACGUUUCUCAAAUUUACGAUUUACAAUCUAGAAUUUACAAUGUUCAGGUCUUAAUUUCUCAAAAACUCUGAUCCUUAUUUCUGAAACUUCUGCUUGGAAUUUCCUUCAACUAGUUAUGAUCUCAAGUUUAAAAAAAAAUAGCAACCCCAAAGAUGACCCAUAGGAAGGAGCUUUCUCUGAAUUAAAGCUUCAGAGUAUCUCUCAAAGUUUAAUUAAAGUUCUGACACAAUUUUACUGUUCUAAAUAAUAAUUGUGCUAAAAACUACAUCAGACUAAAAUGAAUUAUAGUCAAUGUUUUGUUUUGCUUUUUGAAGCAUAUUCCUUUUUUAUGGCAUAUUGGACACAGAUUGGAAAGCAGAAAAUCAUAACUCCUAUGACUGCAAGAAUUCAGUAUUGGAACUUAAUUUCGUGUUUACUGUUGUAACAAAAAUAGUGUCAUUGUUAGAUAAAAUGUUAGAUGUUUUGUAAAUAUAACUUAAAAUUGUAACCAGUAAAUAAUAUCCUUAGUAUUUUUUAUUAUAGAUUAUAUUUUAUUUCAAUAAACUUUGAUAUUCAGACCAAA